GACGUUCGGCGGCUCCGCAGCGAUGGCGGCCCCGCUGGCGGCUCCCGCCGGGCCCGGCGGGGCGCGGGGCGGGCGCGGGCCGGCGCUGCGGGAAGGGGCGCGGGUGUCCGCGCUCUGCCUCGCCUGGUACGGGCUCAGCGCCGGCGGCAACGUGGUCAACAAGCUGCUGCUCGGCGGCUUCCCCCGGCCCGUCACCGUGUCGCUGUUCCACAUCCUGGGGCUCUGCGGGCUCCUGCCGCCGCUGCUCCGCGCGUGGAGGGUCCCGCCCGCUGGCCCCGCGCAGCUGCCGCCCCGCGCCUACCCGCGCUACAUCCUCCCGCUCGCCUUCGGGAAGUAUUUCGCCUCCGUGUCCGCGCACGUCUCGCUCUGGAGGGUCCCGGUGUCCUACGCGCACACGGUGAAAGCCACGAUGCCGAUUUGGGUGGUUCUGCUCUCGCGGAUCAUCAUGAAGGAAAAGCAGACGACGAAGGUGUACCUGUCUCUGAUCCCCAUAAUCACCGGUGUCCUCUUGGCCACCGUCACGGAGCUCUCCUUUGACAUGUGGGGACUCAUCAGUGCACUUGCUGCUACCCUGUGCUUUUCCCUUCAGAACAUCUUCUCAAAAAAGGUGUUAAGAGAUUCCCGGAUCCAUCACCUUCGGUUGCUGAACAUCCUCGGGUGCCACGCUGUGUUCUUCAUGAUCCCAACGUGGGUUCUGGUAGAUCUUUCUUCCUUCCUAGUGGAGAAUGACUUGAGCUCCAUGUCUCACUGGUCCUGGACCUUGAUGCUGCUCGUAAUCAGCGGCUUCUGUAACUUUGCCCAGAACGUCAUUGCCUUCAGUAUCCUCAACCUCAUCAGCCCCCUCAGCUACUCGGUGGCCAACGCCACGAAGAGGAUCAUGGUGAUCACGGUGUCCCUCAUCAUGCUGCGCAACCCCGUCACCAGCACCAACGUGCUGGGCAUGAUGACGGCCAUCCUGGGGGUCUUCCUGUACAACAAGACAAAAUACGACGCAAACCAAGAAGCGAAGAAGCAGCUGCUUCCGGUCACCACCGGAGACCUCGUGAACCUGGAACGGCAUCGAAACCCUCCUGAGAAGUCCCCGAACGGACUGGCGGGGUUUGCCCAGCACGGGGACUUCCAGUACGGCCGCGGCAACGUCCUCCCAGAGCACCUCCAGUACGGGCGGCAGAGCUACCCCGGCACCUACAGCCCCAGCCGCUUCGACAUCUAGAGCCCGGCACGCAGGGGCAGCUGUGGGAUCACGGCGUCC